CAACACGUGUGCGGGCUGCACGCAGCGCUUCAAGUUGUUCCGCCGGACCGCCAUUUUAGUUUUCUAACCUCAAAGAUUGUGGUUUGGUGAUGUGUUUAUAAAAAUACUAAGAUGUCUAUGUUAGCGGCACCGCGUCGAAAACAAAAAGUAAUUAAUCUUCGCGCUAAAAACAAUGCCUGGAGCAAUGACAGUAAUAAAUUCGGGCAACGAAUGUUAGAAAAAAUGGGCUGGAGUUCGGGCAAAGGCCUAGGAGCGAAAGAAAAUGGAAUGGUUGACCAUGUAGUCGCCCGAUUCAAAAACGACGAGAAAGGAUUGGGCUACGAAGAUAAAAACGACCAGUGGACCAAACACGAAGACGAUUUUAACGCUCUGCUAGCCAAUUUAUCUAAUGGUGACGCCAAAGAAGAAAAACUUCACAGUGGUGUAUCUCUAGAAGAUAAAUCAAAGAAGAGUAAAGCCCGAGUUCACUACCACAAGUUUACUCGAGGCAAAGAUUUAACAAAGUAUAGUGAGAAAGAUUUAGCUAAUAUUUUUGGUAAAAAGAGUCUUAAAAAUGAAGAAAAAGUAUCUGAUGAAUCAACAAAAGAGAUAGAAACAAAAGAAAAAAUAUUCACUGACAAGGGAAGUAUGGAGGAUUACUUUAAAUCUAAAUUGGCUGCUUUAAAAACAAAAAAUAAAUCAUCUAUGCUAAAUAUACAUUCAAAUGAAAGUAAUGAUGUUGAUUAUGCAUUUAGAGGAUUUUCUGGAACAGUCAAUGAUGCAGAGAAUCAAGAAGAAAAUGAAAAUAAUUUUUCUUUUUGUGGUUUUCAACAACCUAAAUUAAAGGAUGAAAAUGAAGCAUCUGCUAUUGACUAUACAGAAAGUGAUGGUAACAAGAAGAAAAAAAAGAAAAAGAAAGAUAAGUAUCACGAAAAUGAAGAUGCCAAUUGUGUAGAAAACGAAAAUGUGAAUAGUUUAAUUGUAGAAAAAGAAUUACUGGAAGAGCCAAAAAAGAAGAAGAAGAAAAAUAAACUUGAAGAUCUGUCUUCACUUUGUGAGAAUAAAAAAAAACGAACCCAAGUAGAAACUGAAAAGGAGGAAAACGAUUCUGACAAAUUGCCUGAAAAUGUAGAUCAAUUGGGUGAAAAUUAUGUGCCUAAAAAGAAGAAAAAGAAAAACAAGGAUAACAAUAAAUAAAUAUUAUUUUUUUACAUCAAUCUUU